UUGCGCGCAGCCCCUCGGGGGCCCGGGACGCCCCGCGCGCUUCGCCCGCCCGGACCGGGAAGAGGGUCGCUGGCAGCCACGCGGAGACGGCUGGGAGAGGCGCCGCGCAGGUGCGACAGUGCUGUAGGUGUAAGCGAAGAAGGCAAGGAGGAGCCGAUGGCUUUAGCUGGCUGCCCAGACUCCCUUUUGCACCAUCCGUACUAUCAGGACCAGGCGGAGCAGCCGCCCCCUCGCGGCCCAGGAGACCCCGCGGCACGCAGCUCCGCACCCCGGUCUGGCCGACUGGCGCAUGCCCACGAGGAUGACGUGGACCUGGAAGCUCUGGUGAGCGACAUGAGUGCAUCCUUGGAGAGCCUGUACCCAGCCUGCAACAUGCAGUCGGACACGGCACCCCUGCGUCAGAACGGCCAGCACGCCCGCGACCAGCCCCCGCCCUCGGGGGCCAGGCCUGCCCAGCCGCAGGCGUCCCCACAGCAGAAGGUGCAGCGCUCCCAGCCCAUGCACAUCCUGGCCGUCAGGCGCCUGCAGGAGGAAGACCAGCAGUUCAGAACCUCAUCUCUGCCGGCCAUCCCCAACCCUUUCCCCGAGCUGUGCGGCGCGGGGAGCCCCCCCGCGCUCCCAUCGGGCUCCUUGCCUCCCGCCCAGGCCACUGCGAAGCAGGAUGUUAAAGUCUUCAGUGAGGAUGGGACGUGCAAAGUGGUGGAGAUCCUCGUGGACAUGACCGCCAGGGACCUGUGCCAGCUGCUGGUGUACAGAAGUCACUGCGUGGAUGACAACAGCUGGACCCUGGUGGAGCACCACCCGCACCUGGGGUUAGAGAGGUGCCUGGAAGACCACGAGGUGGUGGUGCAGGUGCAGAACACCAUGGCCAGCGAGAGCAAGUUUCUGUUCAGGAAGAAUUACGCCAAAUACGAGUUUUUCAAGAACCCCACCAAUUUCUUCCCGGAGCAGAUGGUCACCUGGUGCCAGCAGUCCAACGGCGGUCAGACCCAGCUCCUGCAGAACUUCCUGAACUCCAGCAGCUGCCCUGAGAUCCAGGGCUUUCUGCACGUGAAGGAGAUGGGCAGGAAGUCCUGGAAGAAGCUGUACCUGUGUCUGCGGAGGUCAGGCCUCUACUGCUCCACCAAGGGGUCCUCCAAGGAGCCCAGACACCUGCAGCUGCUGGCCGACCUGGAGGACUGCAGCGUCUUCUCCCUGAUCGCGGGCAGGAAGCAGUACAGCGCCCCCACCGACUUCGGCUUCUGCAUUAAGCCAAACAAAGUCCUGCACGAUCCGAAGGAGCUGCGGCUGCUGUGUGCGGAGGGCGAGCAGAGCCGCACCUGCUGGAUGACGGCCUUCCGGCUGCUCAAGUACGGAAUGCUCCUCUACCAGAGCUACCGGGUCCCCCAGCAGAGGAAGGCCUCGCUGUCCCCCUUCUCCACACCCGUGCGCAGCGUCUCUGAGAACUCCCUCGUGGCCAUGGAUUUCUCUGGGCAAACAGGAAGAGUGAUCGAGAACCCCGCCGAAGCCCAGAGCGCGGCCCUGGAGGAGGGGCACGCCUGGAGGACGGAGCUCGGGCUGGCACUCCGCGGCCUGCGCCCCGGCCGCCGGGCGGGGUGCCCCCAGAAGCGAAGCACUCGGAUGAACGUCCUAGGUAGCCAAAGCCCCCUCCACCCCUCCUCCCUCAGCACAGUGAUUCACAGGACCCAGCAUUGGUUCCACGGCAGGAUCUCCCGGGAGGAGUCCCACAGGAUCAUCAAGCAGCAGGGCCUGGUGGACGGGCUCUUCCUGCUCCGCGACAGCCAGAGCAACCCGAAGGCGUUUGUCCUCACCUUGUGCCACCACCAGAAAAUCAAGAAUUUCCAGAUCUUGCCUUGCGAGGACGACGGUCAGAUGUUCUUCAGCCUGGACGACGGGAACACCAAGUUCUCCGACCUGAUUCAGCUUGUCGACUUCUACCAGCUGAACAAGGGGGUCCUGCCCUGCAAGCUGAAGCACCACUGCGUCCGCGUUGCCUUGUGACUGCAGGGCCGUCGCCGCCAGCGGCCGGCGGCGCCGCCCCUGGGGCGGCCGGGAGGCCUGUGUGGGGCUGAGAGCGCAGUGGAUUCUGUGUCUUGGGAGCGUGACCGGUCCCUUCGGUGCCACCCACUGCCGUGGAUGGGUUUCUUGGACUUCACGGUGAUGUGCUGCCGCGGCCUCCGCGGCCAGAGCAGGGCAUGGCAGAGCGGGCGCGUCAGAGAGCGAGCGGGGACGGCUGUCCUGGCAGGGCUGCGCGCCCCUCAGAGGGAAGUGCUUGGGAGCGGCCUCUCGCCCUGCGAUAGCCUUGACAAUUGAAACUGAGAUGUUUACUUUUUGUAUUGAUCCCUUCUUUGCACUCCUCUGCUCUCAAUGUCCUGUUCAGCCUUUGGUAGCAGGGGCGUGGCUUUGCAGUGUGCACGGAAAGACGGAUCUGAGCAGGCAGACAGCAGAGACCGAGUGCGGCCCCCCGAGGCUGCCCGCGGUGCCCCGCCCUCUGCGGGGCACCGCGGGCAGGCCCAGCUUCCAAGUCCCCGGCGCGGGCAGGCCCAGCUUCCAAGUCCCCGGCGCGGGCAGGCCCAGCUUCCAAGUCCCCGGCGCGGGCAGGCCCAGCUUCCAAGUCACCCGCGCCUUCGCCCUGCCCCGGCACUUGAGCCGCGGUUUUGAAUAAAAGGUGUCGCCUGCAGCCGGCAUUGGGCACGUUUUGUGGACCAGUCAGGUGGCCCCAGCCUGCCAGGCACCUCUCUGGGCACCGGCGUCCGUGCCAUGUUUUUAGGGUGCCACGUCUUCCACAGUUCAGGAGCCUCGACUCCCCCAGACGCUCGCUGCCCCAUGCCCAGCAGGGCCGAGUGGCCACGCCGCCGGCCGGAGACAGGCAGCCUUCCGGAGACAGGCCAGGGGCCCUCGUCCCCCGGCCGCAGGGGGCGCCUGCAGCCUGCUCUGGAGUGGCCGCUGCCUGGCCCCCGCCGGGCCGUGCGUCCCGCCCUGCCUGUUCUCCCUCGGGAGUUCAAGGCUCUAAUCAGAAAACGUCACCUGCCUGGUGUCGUGCAGAAGCCGCGGGUUUCCGUGGCAAUGAAGAUGGAAACAUUGAAAGGGAGCCCGGAAUUUGAAGUCUGGGCGUGAUGAUCCCCCCACCUGCUGACACCCCGAGGCCAGCGCAGGAGCCGGCGGGAGGCUCCCCCCGCCGGCUCCUGCCUCGCCUCAGCCGCAGGCCCUACGCCUGUGUCAGCAGGUCACUGCUUCCUGCUCCGGAGCCCGCCCGUCCCCCGGGGCGGAGCUCCCAGGCCUGCGAGCGCCGGCUGGCGUCUCCGGUCUCUGGUGAGCACACAGACUGCUGUGGGGAAGUGACUUCACUGUCCGAAGCGACAGUUCUGACGCCCGGCGCCGCCUGACGCGCCCCUCUGAGCAGGCCGCCGCCGGCCUGCGCCUUGCCCGCCCACCGCAGGGCUCCCCGGAAACACAGCUCGGACAGACCGACGGGCCUCGGGGCA